AUACUCCACGAGAGGCACACAGAAAUGAUCGGGCAGUUAUUGUGAAACCAAGUGGUAGAUAACAAAUACUAAAAAGUGCACGGAAGUUUUGAUUUUAAUUUUGAGUAUAUAUAGGCACUAUGCCGGCGAACAAAAUGCCUAACCUUUAUAAACUCAGUGAGGUCGGCCAGAUAAUUAUUCUCUUUGCUCUAUGCAGGCUCAGUACUGCUCAAAUACUUUACGUUGGAGACUUUUGUGAUUUUGCUGGCUACGAUGGAACUUGUUUGGCAGCUAGCAAGUGUACUGACUUGCAAGCCAAAAUGCAAGCACUGACCUUCGAUAGAUAUCAAGUCGGCCGCUGUGGCUUUGAGGUUAAAGAAGAGAUAAUAUGUUGUCCAAAGUGGCCAACACCAGUACAAACACCAUCUAAACUUUCCAACGCUUUUAUAGAUCUAUCCAAACAGCCUGAGUUUGAAAACAGGCCGCCACCAGCCGGUGUGAUUAGUGAUAGUUCUAUUCCCAGCAUUACAAGUACACCUAUGAAUUUUAAUCAAAAUGGCAACAUUUUUCAAGAACACAUACCAGAUGAAGAGGAGAGAUUAAAAGUUUUAUUCAAUGGCAACUUUGGUCCAGCUGGAAUUGGCAAUAAUGUGGGGGAAUUGAGUGGCGACUCUGCUCCGGUUUUAAAUAGAAAUAACAACAUUUUCUUCAAUGAAAAUCCAGUACCAAAUAUAAAAAACAAACAAAAUUUAAAUGGUAACCCUGUUGUCGAUGAAAAUAAAAGAUUUGAAGCUAUAUUCGGUGAUAACCCUAUACAGGUCGGAAAUGGUAAUAGUCAAGAUGAAAAGAAGGGGAAUCCAUUUCCGGAAGUAAAUAAAAAUAAUAACGGAUUCAUCAGGGCAGAUACAUUGCCGAAUGUACAGGAGAACCAAAAUUUUAAUGGCAACAUUGCUAUCGAUGAAAAUAAAAGAUUUAAAGCUAUAUUCGGUGAUAACCCUGUACAGGUCAAAGAUGUAAAUAGUCGAGAUGAAAGGAAAAGAAACCCUCUUCCGUUAGUAAGAGGAACAGAUACCGUUUUUUUCAAUGCAAAUCCAGUAGCCCAUAUACAGGAAAAUCAAAACGUAAAUGGUAACCCUGUUAUCGAUGAAAAUGAAAGAUUUAAUGCUAUAUUCAAUGGUAACCCUCUCCCGAUUGGCGAUGAUAUGGGGAGACCAAAUGGUGUAAUUAAUCGAGAUCCUGCUGAAAAUUUUAAUGCUAAAGGCAAUACUAUCUUCUGCGGUAAUCUUGAACAGGUCAGUAAUGGUAAUAAUAAAGAGGAAAGGAAGGGAAAUACUGUUUCGGGUGUAAAUGGAAAUAAUAAUGAUUUUUUCAGCGGAAAUCCAGUGUGGAAUGUACAAGAAAUCCAAAAGAUAAAUGGUAACCCUAUUAUCGAUGAAAAUGAAAGAUUUAAUUCUAUUUUCAAUGGCAGCCCUAGUCAAACUGGAAGUGUAAGUAGUAUUGGGGAAUGGAAGAGAAAUUCUGUUCCGGUUAUAGUUGGGAAUAAUAACGGCAUUUUUAAUGCAAAUACCAUACCGAAUUCACAAGCCAAUCAACAUACACAUGGUAACCCUGUUAUCGAUGAAAAUAAUAAAUUUAAAAAUGUUAAAGGUAGACUAAAUGGUGUAAUUAGUCAAAAUCCUGGUAUAUUCGCCGGUAAUGGUCAAUUAGAAAGCAACCGUGAGCAUUUUAUUUUUAAUGACAAGCCGUUACGAGUUAGACCUCCAAAUGAGAGGACACAUGGUACAUUCAUGGAAAAUCGAAAUUCAUUCAAUAAUGGACAUUUUAAAAUGAGGAAUCAUAGAAGAUUUGAAGCAGCAAUAGACCGAAAAAAACAAGGAAUUUAUAGAGGCUCCAGUAGAAAUACACUCAUUCAAUUUCCAAAUAAUUAAAUGCAAAUUAUUUUAUAAUUAUAUAUAAUAUAUAUUCAAUACAUUAAAAUAAUACAGUUAAUUUAUAUCUAUAUAUAUUUGUGUGCUUUUUAACAGUAUAGGAAAAUACGCUUGAAAUCCAGAGUAUACGAUCGAUUUGAUAUAUCAAAAAAUGUGCAGGUUAGAUUAAGUUUUGGACCUGACCCCACGACGAAGGAAACGAUGUACUGUGUUUUGAUGCAAUUUCUAGCAAAUUUGAACAGCUGAGGAGGGAGUGUUCAGACAAUUAUGUUUGACAAUUUUAGUUUUAAGGACGGCAGGCGUUCUUUCUGGUUCGGAAGCAUCUCAUGUGUUGUUCAGCGCUCAUCGAGCCAAGUCACAAGAGGACAACGGAGCUCUGACCAGUCUACUUUGAAAACUCAUCGCCGUUAUGGUUUCCAGUGCAUCGGCUGUUGCUUUCAUGGCAGCUACCAUUACUUGAAAGACGUUAUAGUGGUCUGGAAGCAUAAACUGCAGUUGAUUGUGAGCUCUCAUCAGAACACUGAUUGAAAAAUAUAUACAUAUAUUUUUGUAAAUAAUAUGAAAGCAAACCGGUAUUUUUUUUUAAAUUUUAAUUAUGGUGUCAUUAAAGUUGAUAAGUUAAUAUCGGAAUAAUUGUGCCAUACCUAUUUAAAUACCACGCUUUGGCACCCAUAUUUGAUUAAAUAUAGGUAUUAAAUUAAUAAAAAUAUUGUUUUAAGUGCUCUUCAA